AUGAGCCUGGAAUGGGGACAACCAGUGUUCAAGGGCUUUCUCUGCUGUGGGAAUCUUCAAGAAUCCCCGCAGUGCCCGCGCUGGCAUGGGGUCGUUCUGAAGGUCGGGUGCGCUGCGGUCAUCGUCCUGCUGGUGAUGGUAGCAGUGCUGAGUGCUUGCGUUUUUCAGGGCUUCUCUAAUAAAGCAGUGGAAGGACCAGCCUCGAAGAGCGACAGUGUCACUCAGAGAACCAGAAGUGGAGGAGAACGCAACGCCAGCCUGGAGGACUUGUUUUCUCGUCUGAAGCAGAGUCUGUGCGAUCCGGCCCAGCUAAGCUCAGCAGGUGGCUCCGGGUGCAAACUCUGCCCCAGGGACUGGCUGCUGCACCGGGACAAGUGCUACUGGCUGUCUAAGGAGGCUGACAGCUGGAACAAGAGCCGCGACGACUGUUCAAGGAAGGGAUCUCAAAUGCUGAUGAUCCAGGACCAGGAACAGAUGAAUGACCUGCAGGCUCUCAUAGCAGCUGAGAAUGCUGUUUGGAUUGGAUCAUCAUUCAACUCUACACAGAGGAAGUGGACCUGGGUAGACGGUGCCCCUGUCCAUGAAGAACUGAAACUCCCAAAAUUAAGUCAGGGUGCAGAGAGCCACUGUGGAGUGUUAAAAAAGAAGAACAUUGAUUAUGAUGUCUGCAGCAGUGAAUUAAAAUGGCUCUGCCAGAAAGCAGCUUUCCCGCUAUAGACUGCGGCACAACCGAUCGGGACAGUAAAAGGCCUUCAGUCUCUGAAACAUCCACAGUAUUUUCAGCUUUACUUAUAAAUGUCAUGUCAGAAUCUGGGGCCAGAGCCCCUGCUGGCGGGAAUCAGCCAGAGCUCCACCGGAGACAAGGGGGCCAGACCCCCAGCUGAUGGACAUCUACGCAUUUGACAUCAACCGUCAAUGGUUUUAUUGUCCACUAAAGAAAAGCAAAUCCACCUGCUGUGCCCUAAUUCCCAGAGGUUUUCCCCACUCCAGCCCCCCAGGAAUACAGAGGACACACCCCUCCCCCCAGGGCUGGCAAAGCCGGGGAGCUAGUGCCCCUGCAAUGGAAAUAUUGCAACCUUGCGCAACUGGCGCACAGCUUGCGGGGGGGGAGGGCAAGAGUGGGACCAAGGAGGCUGGAACGGGCCCGGGAGCAGGUAGGGACCAACUCUCCCAGCCUGGAGCCCCUCCCUCCCCUGCACGCUAAACCCCUCCCCACAAAUGCUAAGUCUCAGAAUCUCCCCUCACAAUUCCUUCCUGUCUCCCUGCCCCCAUUCCCAGGGACCCUCCACUUCCACCCCCACUUCACUCCCCUUUAACUUUAACAUGCUGCCCCAAUUAGCCAUGUGACCAGUUAACCCUUUACAGGCUGCAGUGCCUUUUCCUUGUUGCAGACCCCGUAU